AUGGCGGCCACAUCAGUGUUUCAGAGGGUCCGGACAGGGUCCAAAAUAGGCGCUCAGUAUGACCAGGACGGUAAUCCUAUUCAGGUUGAGACGCGUGAAGAUGAGGAGCAGAGUGUCAAACUCGCUGAAAUUCUGGAGCUCCUGCUUGCCGCUGGUUAUUUCAGAGCACGGAUUAAGGGCCUCUCUCCCUUUGACAAGGUGGUUGGAGGAAUGACAUGGUGCAUCACAACAUGUAACUUUGACAUAGAUGUAAAUUUACUCUUCCAGGAGAACUCCACCAUUGGCCAGAAAAUAGCCCUGACUGAAAAAAUUGUGUCAGUUUUGCCCAAAAUGAAGUGCCCUCAUCGGUUAGAGCCUCACCAAAUACAGGGACUUGAUUUCAUCCACAUCUUUCCUGUUGUGCAAUGGCUGGUAAAGAGAGCCAUUGAGACCAGAGAGGAGAUGGGAGACUAUGUGAGAGCUUAUUCCAUUGCCCAGUUCCAGAAGACCCACAGUCUUGCUGAGGAUGAAGAGUUUGUGCAGAGGAAAGAUAAGGCCGUGAAAACAGUGGUGGAUGUCUCUGAUGUGUAUAAGCCCCAAAGGAAGUACAGACGACAGCAGGACGCUGGUCCACUAAUGGAGGAGGAGUCCAGGGUCCACUCAACCCUGCUGGAAUACGGAAGACGCUACGGAUUCAGUAAACAGUCAAAACAAGACAAGACAGAAGAGAAGAAGCUCCUAUUGGCUCAGGGGGCACAAAGCCCGCCUCCUGGAAUGGCAGAGGUGACAUCAGAGGAGGAUCUUCAGGCUGCAGAAGAGCUGAGAAUCAAAACACUAAUGACCGGGAUGGCUGCAAUGGCAACCGAAGAGGGCAGGCUCACGGCGAGCACAGUGGGACAGAUUGUUGGACUGCAGUCAGAGGAGAUCAAACAGAUUGCCUUUGAAUAUGCUGAAAAGGCGGAGCGGUCAGCGGAGGAUCGUCCGGAGCGUUUUGGACCCGUCCAGCAGCACCGUAGGAUGGUUGCAUCACUCAACAAACAGAUCCAACAGAGGACCAAAGAGCUGGAGGAGAUGCAGGCCAAGCACUCGGAGGUGAAAGCAGCAUGUGAGGAGGCUAAAGCCAAGUUGGUGGAGGCAACAGAGCUCACAGAGAGGCUGGAGAAAGAGCUGAGUGCACUAGAAGACGUUGAAGCCCAGGCAGACUCAGGGCUCCUGGAGAAACUGAGAGCUUUGGUGGCCAUGAAUGAGAACCUCAAACAGCAGGAGCAGGAGUUUCGUGCACACUGUCGCGAGGAGAUGACUCGUCUCCAGCAGAGCAUUGAGGACCUGAAGAUGGAAUCGGGAGAAGAUGCUGAUGAUCAAAAGGAGAGGAGACAGCUGAUAGAGAGGCAGUACACCACUGACAGGGAAAAACUGCAGAAGAUUCGCCUACUUAUGGCAAGGCGGAACCGUGAGAUUGCCAUCCUUCAGAGGAAGAUCGAUGAAGUGCCCAGCCGAGCUGAGCUUACCCAGUAUCAGAAACGCUUCAUCGAGCUCUACAGCCAGGUGUCUGCCACUCACAAAGAGACCAAACAGUUCUUCACCCUCUACAACACAUUAGACGACAAGAAGGUUUACCUGGAGAAAGAGGUGAAUUUGCUGAACUCCAUCCACGACAACUUUCAACAGGCCAUGGCAUCAUCAGGAGCAAAAGAGCAGUUCCUGAGACAGAUGGAGCAGAUAGUGGAGGGAAUUAAACAGAACAGAAUUAAGAUGGAGAAGAAGAAACAGGAAAAUAAGAUGAGGAGAGACCAGCUAAAUGAUGAAUACCUGGAGCUGCUGGACAAGCAGAGGCUCUACUUCAAAACUGUCAAAGAAUUCAAAGAGGAGUGUCGGAAGAACGAGAUGUUACUGUCUAAGCUUAGAGCCAAGGGGGCGUCCUAAAAUUGCUCAACGGACACAUUGACGUACUCCUCCUUCUCCACCUCAUCAUUAUCUUCAUGAAAUGAUACCCAGUAGAUUCACUGGUAGAGAUUUUCGUUCACGUUUGUGCCUGGAACCAGCGCUGUUUUUCAUUCCGCUUUUUGUCUGAUGAAUUGAACGGCAGAGCAGUUUUCAGACAUGAUGGAGAAUUGUCAUAACUGUGCUGAAUAUUUUGACAGGGAUGGGGUGGAAAGAUGAACCGUUUUCAGUUUUUGUCUGGACAGAUGAUUGAUUUCUUCAGUUGUCCUUUGAGAAGACAUAACUAAAAACUGUUCCCCAGACAUUUUUUGAAAGAUAGUUUCAUAUCUCCUUGGUAUUCUCACUUAAAUUAUGACUUCAGAGGUUUGUGACCCAGUCCCAAGUGUCUGUGCUGAUAUAGCUGUCCUCACUCUGGUGAAUUGUUUCAUCCUAAGGUCAGUUAUAGAGAUGAUGGAUUCACAUUCUUAUCUGUAUUUGAGGGCUAUGACAGUUAAUAUGAGUGAGUGCCACUUGGGUAUUCACAAUACACAGACUGUUUAAGUGCCAUCUGCUGCUGUCUUACAGCCUUGGUGGAUGAAAAUCCUAUUAAGUAUGUUUCAUGUUAAAUGGUGCAUUUAAUCAUGUUUAAUAACGCUUUGCGACGGUCAGUCAGAUAUGAGUUUAAAGUAUUUAAACAAAUAACACUCAUCCUUUCCUGCCAUUAAGUCAGAGCAGCUAAGCUUUCUAAUAAAACUGAUAAUCUCUUGAAUUAUCUUUUCUCUG